AUGCUGCUCGAAGCCCGCGAUGCUGUACCCAGGCCAUCUCUGCCUCCCUGCAACAAGCCGAGUCGGCUCAUCGCCUCAUCUCCACACGCCCUCGCGUUGUUAGGGAGUCCGCUGCUGGCUCUGACUCCCGUGUCUCACAAAGGGCACCUCGACGCCCUGCUCGUGUCGCCACAGGUGUUUCAUCUGGUUCGAGGACAGGGCCUCAAAGGACUAGACCCGGACGUCGUUCGCCAUGGCUCCCAACCAUCAGCGUCGCUAUCUCGAGCAAUAUUGCAGUCACCUCCUCCUCUAAUUCUUUCAUCCGACACCAGCAGUAUGUCGGACCAGUUCCCAGCUAUCCUAGACGCUGGGGCUAUCAUAGCACAACCACCAACCAUCGAGGACUCCAUCAUUCUCAACAGAGUAGCCUCCGAUGCUCACGAUCUUCAUGAAGAUCAGGAAUGA